AUGAGCUACUGUUGCUUAGGAGAAAAUCAGGAUGCUAAUUGGGUAUCGGAUUCUUUGGUUCAGUCCAAGUCUAACGCGGCAUCUUUACAAGAGGCGAGGGAAGACGUGCAUCGUUCAAAAGAUAUGAGUGCUCAUGCCUUAUCCCUAAGCCACCCUGGGAUCCGCUGUCGGUGUCUCGCUGCUUAUGGAGAUGCAAUUAGUGCUGAACCAAAAAUUGGCUCAUAUGAACCACAAAUGUCUUGCUGCUAA